AUGUGGGACUUGAAACACAAGCGGCGCCUGAUGCUCAGCUAUCGUGAUAUCUGUAAACUAAUGUCCGACUCCGUCGUUAAAAGCCAUUUAGGACAGUGCGAUGGCGGAAUUCUCCGUUCUGUUGGAACUUGCAUUGGCGUUUCAGCUGGGGUUGGCCUGCUCUCGCUGAGGUUUCAGGUUUAUGGUCCGCAAGCUAUCUUUUGGUAUUCUCAUAUGAAAUUCGCGACCCGCCCGAACAAAGAGGCGCUGAUUGAAACAAACCCCCUGCAAAUUUGCAGGCUGCGAUCAUUGGAAUAUCGCCAAUCGGAGCCUUCCCCUGAAGGAGCUCGCCUGUCUGCAAGGGUUGUCCUAUACGCAAUGGAGAGCUCCUUGCUCGGAGAUACCGCAAAUGGCAAGCACUUGCCGUUGCAAUGGUCAUGCUCGCCAAAGGAUGGAGCCGCGUGCUUUAGCUACUCAGGAUCUACGAGUGCAUCAAAAAUACUUGGAGGUUUUACUAGACUUGUUCAAGGCCUACAGAAGCUAUCAGAAAGAGUCUACGUAGAAAGUGAUCAAAGAAGCCGCUCGGAACGUUUUUGGUCACUUGGGUCUUUGGCUCUUGUAUACGGGACUGAGAUCAGAAUCCGGAUGAUCCAGAGGUGUGUAGAUCUUCGACGUCGACAGAAGGCUCUCUAUCGGCAUUCGCCCGCCAUUGAUCAGAACAAAUGGGACCACAUCUUUGGUGCGAGCUCGGCGUUGCCACCCGGACCGCCCUUUAUGAGGGAUAGUCUCGGGUACAUUGAACUAACAGUAUUGAAGAUGAUACUGCGGCUCUUCGUGAGCAACUCGUUACUCACGAAAGGUGUAUUGGAGUCCUGGACUGAAGACUGCGUCGAUACUAUGAGGGCCUUCGAGGAAUGUCAAGCACGGUCAAUCCGCUCCGAUGGCCACGAGAUACUCAUGUCUGAGAUAUCUACUGUCAUGGUUUUCUGGGCAGCUUCCACUAGGAGGCAGGCCGCGACUCCGAGUCGGAUACACGGGACUCGACUUUCGAGCAAAACCCGCUGGAAAGCUGUACUUGGAACGGCGACGGACAACUCAGAACUCAACGACACGGCCUAUGAUCACAUCCUGGACAGCGUUCUGCAGUUCGGUGCACUCACCGCCGACAACAGCAUAAAAUGGGAAUAUUCGGAGCCUGAGCCGUUUGUAUUCAAUUUCACCGGAGGUGACCAGAUCUCAGAACUGGCUCACGCAAACGGCAUGCUCUUGAGAGGGGACAAGUAUGCCUGGGACGUCGUCAACGCUACAUUUCCGCUUGCUCUGAGAGCAGUUCGGGCAGCAGACCCGUUUGCGAAGCUCUACAUCAACGAGUAUAACACAGAGUACACAGGUACGAUGAUGUCGAUUCAUGAGAAUCUCGCGACGGUAGUCUCAUGGACUUCACACCAGGGGCCAAAAUCGACGGCCCUGCUUAAUCUGGUGAAAAAGCUUCAGGCAGACAACGUCCCGAUCGAUGCCGUCUGCUUUCAAUGCCACUUCACCCUCGGCGAGAUUUGCCUGGGUAUCUGUAUGGAGCUUCCGGCGACGGCCGAGAUGUUUGAGCAGCAGAAGACUGAUUACAACACCGUCGUCUCGGCAUGCAUGUCUGUCCCCGCCUGCGUAGGCGUCUCGGUGUGGGACUUCACUGACAAGAUGCGCCACCUUUUAAUCACCGAUGAAGAAUUGUUCUGA